AUGGCCGAAGAAGACAGAGAGAAGACAGCUUUCAUCACCCCAUGGAGAACCUUUUGCUAUAGGGUAAUACAAUUUGGAUUGAAGAAUGCUGAAGUCACCUAUCAGCAGACCAUGACCACUUUGUUCCAUGAUAUGAUUCUUAAGGAGAUGGAAGUCUAUGUGGACAACAUUAUCAUUAAAUCUAAGAAAGUUGAAGACCAUCUCGUUGAUUUGAAGAAAUUAUUUGAAAGGUUGAGAAAAUACAAUUUGAAGUUGAAUCCUGCAAAAUGUGCUUUUGGGGCUCCCGCCAGUAAAUUAUUUGGGCUCAUUGUCAGUAAAAAGGGAAUUGAGAUUGAUCUAGCAAAAAUCAAGAAAGCAAUCAAGGGUCAAGCUUUAGCAGAUCAUUUGGCCGAAAAUUCAAGAGAAGAUGAUUACCAGUCAUUGCAUACCUAUUUUUCUGAUGAGAAGAUCUUAUUUGAUGGCGCAUCAGAAGACAUGAAUGAACAAUGUCCUGGCUGGAAUAAGAGCUGUUUUAUUUUACUGUCACCUGAGGGAAACCAUGACCCUGCUGCUGCUAAAUUACGAUUUCCUUGUACUAACAAUAUGGCUAAGUAUGAAACUUGUAUUUUUGGACUAAAAAUGGCAUUGGAGAUGGAGAUAAAUGAUUUGAUUGUGUUCAGUGAUUCCGAUUUAUUGGUGCAUCAAACGCUCAAACAAUUGGUGACUCGAGACUCGAAAAUCAUGGUGUAUCAUUGUAAUCUGCUUAGUUUGGCCAAUAAAUUCAGAAGUCUAGAGUUCAGGCAUAUCCCUCAUACUCGUAAUGUUUUCGCUGAUACUCUGGCCACUUUGUCUUCUAUGAUUCAAUACCCGGACGAGCUGAAACAUCUGACAAUCGCCCGUGAUCGAGAGCACGACUGUGUAGAUUUUGUCAGAACAUGUAUUAAGUGUCAAAUGCAUGCCGAUAUUAUACAUGCUCCUCCUACAGAGUUACAUAGUAUGAUUGCUCCUUGGUCCUGCUCAAUGUGGGGAGUGGACGUUAUUGGAGCUAUCGAUCCCCCAGCUUCGAAUAGGCAUCGAAUCAUCCUAGUGGCGAUCGAAUAUUUCACCAAAUGGGUUGAAGCAGCAUCUUAUAAGAACGUGAUCAAGAAAGUGGUAUCGAAUUUUCUGAGGGACCAUAUUAUUUGUCGUUUUGGGGUGCUAGAGAGACUGAUCAUUGACAACGCCAGAAACCUCAAUAAUGACAUAAUAGAUGGAUUAUGCGAAUAA